GCACUGAGCUCAGAGGUCCUGACGAGAGGCAAGAACUCUUUCUCUCUCUCGCUCUCUCUCUCUCUCUCUCUCUCACACACACACACACAAAGAAAGAGAGCUCCCAAGACAGAGAGAACAGCUGGAUGUUUAAGGCUCUUUGUCAGAUGUCUGCUAGAAGACUUCAGUGACACAAGUUCAGAGAGGAAGUCAGAAACCCUGAUCAACAUGGAGAACGGGCGGAGCCGGCUGCAGCAGGCUCAGCAGGACGUGGACGAGGUUUGCGAUAUCAUGAUGGACAACCUGAACAAGGCCAGUGAGCGUGAGGGGAAACUGGGAGAACUGGAGGACAGAGCUGACCAGCUGCUCGAACAGAGCAAGGUGUUUUCCAAAACUGCCACCCAAGUGAAGCAGAAAAAGCAGUGGGAGAACAUGAAGCUGAAGGUGAUCCUGGCCAUCAUCGUUGGAGUCGUGGUGUUGGCCAUCAUUAUCGUCUUGAUUGUUUCGCUAACCGGCUCUAAGAAAAAUGAGGGAGAGGGUCCCUAAUGACAUGCAAAAAAAAGAAAAACUGCUUUGAACUGCUUUGUUAUCGAUGGUUGCUCAGGAGUCGCUUCAUUUGUUAAACGUGAGCCUCGGGACUCGUCCUAAAGCAGUGCAUCCUGUCUUACAACAACAAAAAAAAACAACUCAGAUGUGUGUACAGAGAUCUGACGGUACCGUUGAGACACGCUGCUGCCUUUGCUUUCAUUUCUACAUAAGUAACUGGCCCAUGCGCAAACAGCUCAAUGUCUAGACAGGCGGAUGGGUGUUGGAGGAACUGACAGAUACUGGAGGACGCUGAGCUGCGAGUCAAGCUCUUCUGUUGGAACUGUUGAUGCUUUUUCAUGCUGUACUCUUCAAACUGAAGAAUGAGACCUUUUUCAGUUGGUUACAUGGAAUUGAUAUGUCACAUCAGAAUCCUUAUAGAAUCUAUACACAGUCAGUGCACAGUAUUGCCUUAGUAAAUAAACUUCCCCAUAACACCCUAAUGUUGUUGUUUUUUUAAUCCCUAAUGGAUUAAUUCUUGCUUGUUAUUUUAUAUAUAGUUUUUGACUCAGUUUUGGUUUUGACAGAAAAAUGUACAAAAGAAAUUGUUUGGUGGUGAGUUGAGAUGUGCAGACUUAGAACACAUGUCGUGACUUGCUCAAUUUAUCCAGGGUUGAAUUACUCUGACUUAUAUUCAAGUUCAGGCAGUGUUACCCUCUGCUAAAUAUUUCUCUCUCCCUCUCUCUCUCUCUCUUUUUUUUUUUUAUAAAUGUGCAAACUUGUCAUAAUUAUUAAUAUUGAAAAUAUUGCAGUUGUGAUUUAUAUAAGUUUAUAGUUGUCUCUAAAAAUUAACAAUUAAAAGCAAUUUUGUUAUUCAGAAUUCCAAGCUGUAUUUUUUUAGUAUUUGAUGUUUCGGAUGAAGUUGCGUCUGAAAUUAUGCUGCUGAAAUAAAAAAUAAAAUAAAGCAUUCAGUACGUGUUUA